AUGUCUGACAACGAGGAAAUCGAGGUCGAGGCCGUCUCUGGCUACCAGGUUCUGCCCAAGGAGAUCACUGCUGAGAUUGGCACAAUCAAGCUGUUCAACCGAUGGAGUUACGAGGAUGUUGAGAUCAGAGAUAUCUCUUUGACCGACUACAUCCAAAUCCGUGCCCCAGUCUACAUCUCCCACUCCGCCGGUCGAUAUGCCCAGAAGAGAUUCAGAAAGGCACAAUGCCCAAUCAUCGAGCGUCUCACCAACUCCUUGAUGAUGAACGGUCGCAACAACGGAAAGAAGCUCAUGGCUGUCCGCAUUGUCGCCCACGCCUUCGAGAUCAUCCACAUCAUGACCGACCAGAACCCCAUCCAAGUCGCUGUUGACGCCAUUGUCAACUGCGGACCCCGCGAAGACUCUACCCGUAUCGGUUCAGCUGGUACCGUCCGUCGUCAAGCCGUCGAUGUCUCCCCUCUCCGUCGUGUCAACCAAGCCAUCGCUCUCCUCACAAUCGGUGCUCGCGAGGCCGCCUUCCGUAACGUCAAGUCAGUCGCUGAGUGCUUGGCUGAGGAGUUGAUCAACGCAGCAAAGGGAAGCAGCAACUCAUACGCCAUCAAGAAGAAGGACGAGUUGGAGCGUGUCGCCAAAAGCAAUCGGUAAAGGGUUUUUGUGUUUUGCAUGGCAUGGGAUGGUUUUUCGAUUUGCUUACGGCUGGGGGGAUCACGACUUGGCAGCAUCCUUUGUCACAUAGAUGCAAGGAGUAAUGCUAAGCACCCAUGAAAUCAACUUGGAUCUGGACAAAGUGAAUGAUUAUUGGUUUCGGGUGAGCCAAAGUGAAACGAUUUCGGGAGGCACCAAGCAUUGGAGAAGUCUCCUAAGCUUCUGAUACCUUGUGUAUCUGCGCUGUUUCGCUUGCCUAACUGUCUGGAGAACGGUUACAGCAUAGCAAGACGAACAGGCUCUUUAUGUUGUUUGUUCCGUAGACUCCUCUUAAAGAAUGUCAACUAUUAAAGGGUCGAUUCUUGAAUCAAGGAAGGGCCAGUCGAGUGCUGUGGUGCCUUGAAUGGCUAGAACAUAUGUCUUCAGUCGUACCAUUACCCAUUAACACCAUUGCUCCAGCUUUCUCUAUUUCAUUCUUCCAUUCCUGAUGCUGUCAUCUUGCCAUUAUUGCUUGUCUCCGGUAAUCCAUGUUGAUUUUCUGUCGGACCUUCUGAGCGUUCUGGAGUGCCAUAUCCACUAUCGUUAUUCAGUAAGGGCAUUUCUCCGGUGGGAUCGGACUUUGCCAUCCGGUCCCAGAAGUCCUCCCAAGCAUUCCUUCGCUCAAGGCACCGGUGAGUCUCGGUACUUGUCCUGAUUGAAUCGCCCAUCAAGUGAAGUCGUCUCACAAAACAAGCAUCGCUCUUAUCCUUUCGUUUCCUUCCCCAACUCGUAUUGAAACCAACCCUUGCCGCGUCAAGUUCUUUGUUAAUUUGGUUCGCUUGCAGAUUUUCACCAGACUCCGACUUUGGCGUUCGGGUCCCAGGUCUCUGCUUAGUCGGUCCCCAAGUAUCAAAACCUAGCUCUUGACAAUUUCUCAGUACUUUUAAGUACUCAUAAGUCACCCGUAAGCCUUUCUCCGAGAGCGCUGGUUUGGUUAGCCUUCUGAUCAAGUCAUUUAUGCUGCUGAGCUCCGUUUGUUGCGGCUGUCUCAAGGUAGAGCAGCCCUCUUCAAUAUAGGCCUUUACUUUUGUGACAGAUAGGUAGACUGGUGCUUCCUGAAGCAAUUCAUGCAGCCGUCUGACCUCGUUGCCAGUAGCUUGUAGUUUCGUAGACCUACCCUAAUUAAGAAUCAGUGUUUUUCUGCCCUAUGUUCUACAACACUCGAUUUGCGAUGCUUACAAUUGAUUGAAUUACUUCUGUAACUGUUUCCUCGUCAAUUUCAUGUUUAUACGCAAAUUUAUACAGUUCUGUGAGGCGCUGGCCGUUGACAUAAGGAUUUCCAUUCGCUACCAUGUCCAUCACUUUCCUGACUUGAUCUAGGAAGUAUGUAUCUUGGCUGAUUUCGAAGGCACAAAUAUACUGGUCGAUUGUUUCAGAGGCAUCAAUGACGUCCGCGGUGUUGAAGGCAGAAGCAGCUGGAAUAGCGAUGGGUGGACUUAAUUCCAGACGCGCUCGUAAAUACUGCACCAUUAAGUCUCCCAAGCUUGAUUUUCUGCUCUGGGGCUUCUCCAGUGUCUCAUGAGCAGUUGGCUCUGGGACGGGGUCGCUGGAGAUAACCAUCGGGUUACUCUCAUCGUCUCCCUCCUCACCAAUGGUAUGGGGCAUAGAUCUGGUCUCAUAUCCUUCGUGGGCUGGUGUUGAGGGUGAUGCCAUGUCGCCUAUUGAAUGAUAUGAAACUGUUUGUGUACUAUAUUUGAAAGCAAUUGAUGUGUGAUGAACGAGAGUUAGCAUUUGGAUUUGUCGAACUUUGAACUUUGAGACGUCUCCUCCGCACCUUCUCUGCCUCUGAGAAGUUUCGUAUGAUCCCACAAUCGGAAGGUCCGCUUACUUACACACGCAGGGAAGGAGCAUCUCUCACAACAUGAAGCACCUAAGGCUUCUCAAAUAAAAUCCAUAGAAGUGCUUGAAAGCAACUGUCCGAAUCCUUCAAAUUGGACCUUAAGCGGUAGACUCACUCAUAAAUUCUUGUCUAUUUCCCUGCGUUUGUGCACAUUGGAGACUUGCAA